UCUUCGCUCGUGACUGCGUGUCCGGUACCAACAUCGAUGGUACCCGGGGAGAGAGAGAGUACCAAAACAGUUAACUGGUGUUUCUUCGCCAAGCGGUACCACGUACUUUGGCGUCACAGACAUUAUUUAAAUUCAUAAUUAAAAUUGUAUUUUUCGUGGUUUUUGUAGUGUGUCUGUUAAUAAGCUUUAUCUUAAAAAUUGAUUGGGGUUUAAGUGACAUUUUUUUAUUUCAAAAAAAGUGACGGUAGUACCUAAAUUUGAAGGAUGUGUAAUUUGGAGAUGUCCUUGAUUUAGGAAUAUGUCAAAAUCAUGAUUGAUAUCGGAUAACAGAACAUCGACUUCAGGGCCUCAAAAAUGGUGAGAAGUCGUACGCCCUCUCAAGGAGGGGGCUCGCAAGGCUUUGAAAUGGAACGCAAGUACUCGGUACCAUCCAAUCCGGAUUCUCGGGCAUUUUCGGCAUCUGCUUCUGAAGAUUUACACGCCUGGUCUAUUUACAGACAAAAUUUGAAUUCUGACUUUACGGACAGUGCCUUGGGAUCCACUGACAAGAGUCCAUUGCCUUAUGGCAAUUUCCAACUUAGGGACACGACAGUGCAAUCAAUUUUAAGCCAUCCCAGAUAUGGACCAAAGUCAGCUCUGGGGUCUAACAUGUAUACCUAUUUAAAAUUUGGGUUACCACGGGUCUUUCCACCAAACCACAAUAGUUCCAAUCGAUCUGGACGUGGUACUCCUCAACAUUUUAUAAGAAAUGCUUCUACGAGACCACAAACAAGGGGUCAGAAAUUGGGCAGCAGGGGACCCAGGGAAGGAUCGUCCGGAUAUGACAGCAGUGACAACGAGACGUCGAAUCAGUACAAGCAAAACCGGAAAUACAGAUCGGACCCGGACUUCCGCAUGCAGCCAACCCAUCCUUCCUACCAUCAUCAGGAGGAAUUGCAUUCUCCAUUACCAUUGGCCGCCAUGCACCAGGGAGGCAUCAGACCCUCAGUAGGAGGCCAGUGGAACAGAAACAAAAGCGUAUCAGAAGCCAAUCUCCUAGCCAGCGAAUAUAACAGACCGUACCACCCACCUGGGCUGACCCCCGCUCAUUUAAGGGACCCCAGAAGGAACAGCAUUGCUGAAUUUGGACACCACGGUCACCACGUCAUACACCACGACAUAGAUCAUAGUGUCAUUAGUCAUAUGAGCCGGCCAAUGUCCAAAGCAGAAAGCCAGUUUUCCAUGCCAGCUUCAAGAAAGGGUCCUUCAAUCAUUAGGACAGACUAUAUUGCUCAAGAGGAUGACAGUGGUCCAGGGUUCAUAUACCCUCACUUACAAGUUAACCAAGCAAGCCUAUGGCCUUCAUCUUCCUCGUCAUGUUUUGCAUCGAGGAACCACCUCCUGCUCAGUGAGGUCUCUUUUGAAGCUAGAGGAGGUGACGUAUUGGCAGUGAUGGCUACGUCAGAGCAGGAAGGUACGGCCAUUUUGGAUAUGGUAGCCGGCAGAAGAAGACCUGCUCAAGGAGAAAUUUUGUUGAACGGACAAAGGGUUCAAAAAGAAUCGCUGAGAAAAAGAGUGGCAUAUGCCCAAAGUGAUCCAAACUUGUGCAAAGAUAUGACAGCAGUUCAAAUUAUGAGGUUCCAUUAUGAUUUGAAAAAACCAACCGAAAAACUAGGAUAUCUUAAGAUAGAUUCUACUGAUAGAAUCAACCUUUUGAUAGAAGAAUUGGGUUUAGAACAAGUUAGGAAUACCAGAGUGUCGUCUAUGACCAUUUCGGAAAGACGAAGGUUGAAUGUAGCUUGUCAUUUGUUACAAGACACUGACGUGGUAGUUUUAGACCAACCUACAAGAGGGAUGGAUAUUUUUGAUACAUUCUUCCUAGUAGAGUACUUGCGACAGUGGGCUAAUGGUGGUGUAGGUGGUAAUUCGAUGGGCAGGAUAGUACUCCUAACCUUGCAUCCUCCUACCUACGAAAUAUUCACGAUGCUGUCGAGAAUACUGCUGAUUUCUGCGGGCAGGACCAUGUUCAGCGGACGCAGAAGAGACAUGUUGCCAUAUUUUGCUUUAGUCGAUUACCCGUGUCCGAAUUACAAAAAUCCUUCGGAUUAUUACCUGGACUUGGUUACGUUAGAUGAUCUGUCAGCCGAAGCCAUGCUAGAAUCCUCUCAGAGGAUAGAACAAUUAGGUGAAAUUUUUAGACAAAAACAACCUCCGAUGAGUGAUCCCGGACCUCCAUCUCCUUUACCAAUGAGUGUGAGGAGUCCAAAUGUUUUAGUACAAGCCUUCGUAUUAUUUACGAAAGCGAUGAUUUACACUCAACCCAACACAUUCAUCAGUUGGCUGACUCUAAUCAUUAUCUCCGCGUCCCUGUCUCUGAUACUGGGAGCUAUAUUUUGGGACGUGCCCAAUACAGAUCCUCAAUUAAUUUUAAACGAUAGACUAGGUUAUCACUAUAGCGUUAUGUGCCUCACUCCGUGGCCUCUACUGCUCUACCUUACCUUGAACGAAGUUAGGAAAAGCAGAAAAACUGUGGAAAGGGAUAUUAAGGAUGGGCUAUAUGGGAGGAUAACCUAUAUUUUUACAAAGACUGUUAUAAAUAUAUUUCCGUCUCUAUUCAUAUGGCUGAUAUUUGUUAUACCUAGUUAUUCCAUGUGUGGAUUGUAUAUGCAAAGUUUAAACAACUACGAUGGAUUUUAUAUCUAUAUAGGUGUCAUGUUGCUAUAUUUGAGCUGCCUUCAGGCGGUGCAUUUAGCAAUGGUCUACUUGCUUCCUGUGUCAAAUACAGCUGCAGUUAUAGCUUCAUUUAUAUGUACAGCGUUCUUUUUAGUUGGAGGAUAUGUGUUACAUUUUAGGGAUAUGGCACCUUAUAUUUCCUGGAUACGAUACAUAAGUCCAACAUCUUGGUUGUUACCGUACGUCUUGAACAGAGAACUAAGUCCAGAAGCUUUGGAAAGCAGUUCGAUGACACCAGUAUGUCGAAAUAAACAGGUUCAACAUCAAGACAUAAUUGUCCAACUACCAUGUCCCCCACCUAAUGGUACCCAAGUACUCUUCAACUACGGCUAUCUUACGUCACAAAACCAAACUUUCGACUACGGGAACGUACCUAUUGCCAUGCUAGUGUUCUAUUUAGUGUUUUUCGUGUUGAUUUGUUUAGCUUUCGCGUUUAACUGUGGUAGAAACAACAAGAAGAAACAUCGUAGAAACGGAGAUACUAACAAAUUAUAAGACUAUUUUAAAUAACGACAAUUAAUUCAUUUGUGCAAUUUUUUAUUUUGUUUUUAACUGAUGCAAUAGAGAAUGUUGAUGAGUGUAUGAUGAGAGUAGAAACGUUUUA